AAGGUUGUGGGUUUGGCACGACGAAUUGAUAAAAUCGAAGCACUAUCAAAAACACUGACCGAGGAAAGUGGGAAAUUAUAUGCGAUUAAAUGCGACAUUACCAGAGAAGACGACGUCAUUAAAUACUUCACAUGGAUCGUCAACAACAUAGGGCCUAUUCACGUUCUAAUCAACAACGCUUAUCUCAUGAAACCAGCCAAUCUGACAAGUAAAACUAACCUCAACGCAAUGAGACAAAACUGCACAUACAAGUGUUACAUAAUUUCAGACGGUUCCUCCGAAGACUGGCGCAGGGUUUUCGAGGUCAACGUGAUCGCUUUGAGCACAUGCACGCGCGAAGCCGUGAAAAUAAUGAACGAGCACGGAAUCGCCGGCCACAUAGUGCACAUGAACAGUGUACACGGCCAUUUCGUGCCAGGAGGAAACGACAACAACCUCAACGUGUAUCCGGCAUCGAAGUUUGCCGUGACAGCUCUGGCGGAAAGUUUACGGCAAGAAUUACGAGUCGCGAAAAGCAAAAUCAAGAUUACGAGUAUAAGUCCAGGAUUUAUCAGGAUGGAUUUGGAU